AUGUGUGACUGCGGCAGCAUCUACUCCAGCAUGUGUGCCUGCGGCAGCAUCUGCGUCUGCGGCAGCAUCUGCUGCAGCAUCUGUGACUGUGGCAGAAUCUGCUUCAGCAUCUGCGUCUACGGCAACAUCUCUGACUGCAGCAGCAUCUGCUGCAGCAUCUGUGUCUACUCCAGCAUCUGUGUCUGCGGCAGCAUCUGCGUCUGCGACAGCAUCUGCUGCAGCAUCUGCUGCAGCAUCUGUGACUGUGACAGUAUCUGCUUCAGCAUCUGCUUCAGCAUCUGCGUCUGCGGCGGCAUCUGUGGCUGUGGCAGUAUCUGCUUCAGCAUCUGCGUCUGCGGCAGCAUCUGUGACUGUGGCAGUAUCUGCUUCAGCAUCUGCGUCUGCGGCAGCAUCUCUGACUGCGGCAGCAUCUGCUGCAGCAUCUGUGUCUACUCCAGCAUCUGUGUCUGCGGCAGCAUCUGCGUCUGCGGCAGCAUCUGCUGCAGCAUCUGUGACUGUGGCAGUAUCUGCUUCAGCAUCUGUGUCUGCGGCAGCAUCUGCGGCAGCAUCU